AUGGAGAAAGCUGCCUCCUUCCUCUCCUCUCUCGUUGCCGGCGGCGGCGGUGGAGGGUCGCCGGAGCCGGCGGCGACGGUGCAGUCCAUCACCAUAUACCCCAUCAAGUCCUGCAGGGGCAUCUCCGUGCCACAGGCCACCAUCACCGCCACUGGGUUCAGGUGGGAUCGGCAGUGGAUGGUGGUGAACGCCAAAGGGCGAGCGGUGACGCAGCGGGUGGAGCCCAGCCUCGCGCUCGUCGAGGUCGACAUGCCGCCGGAGGCCUUCGCCGAGGACUGGCAGCCACACCCGGACUACUAA